AAUUAUGAAGGUGGGGGGCUAUGAAGGGAUCAGAUUUCACAAUCACACUACUGCAGCACCGUUUCUAGAGAUGGCUUAUUGCUUGUCGUAUGGCCAACUGCUGAGAGAAGUUGAAAGAAGUCACUCGAGUCUGCGGGUGAUAACAGGAAGAAGAUAUUUGCUCUCCAGGGAGAUAGAAUUUCAGCAACUGAAGCCAACUCUCUCACUCUCUCUCUGUGGAAAGGAAUUCCCAUUUGGCUAGGGAGGACCAUUUCUAAUCUAGAAGGUUGAUUCCAGUAUUCCAUGGUCCCAAGGUUGGAUUGGAUCCUUAAAGACCCCAUUCCUCAAAACAAUCCAAAAGUACUCUACCUGUCUUUCAACUACUGAAACUCAUGACACUUUGGGGAUCUCCACUUGUUUGUAGCUUGGUAAAUUUACGGAAAUUCAUAGGUUCGAUGUCUGAAGCAGCAUGAACCUACAAGUCAAGAAGAUCACUUUUCAUCAGUGAGGUAACAGGAGGGGGGCUGUGGACUUUCAUCUAUGGCUUGGAACUUGUAUGCUGGGCCUCGUCGCCUGCUCCUGGAUACAGAAACUGCUAUGCCACCAAUGAAUGGAAGCAGGGGAAGUAGCUCAUAUGCCAAUGAUGCGAACUUUGACAGCAACAUGGUGAUAAUCCUAGCAGCCCUGCUAUGCGCAUUGAUCUGUGCGCUUGGAUUGAACUCAAUUGUGCGCUGUGCUUUGCGUUGUAGUAAUCGAUUUUCCCUUGAGACCCCAGAUCAGGUUGCUGCGCAUUUAGCCACAACAGGCCUUGAGAAGGGCACCCUGAGCCAGAUUCCAGUUGUGGUGUAUGGCUCAUCAGGUCUAACUACUCCAGCCACAGACUGCCCCAUAUGUCUGGGGGAAUUCACUGAAGGAGACAAGGUAAGGAUCUUACCAAAAUGCAAUCAUGGUUUCCAUGUUAAGUGUAUUGACACAUGGUUGAUGUCCCGCUCUUCCUGCCCAACAUGUCGCCAACCAUUGCUUGAACAUCCAACAAAUUCUAAUGGGGAGGAGCUGGUUGUCAGAAUCCUGUGACCAGAAAUUGAACCUGGUGGCUAAAUUUGGCUUUUCAAGGUUUCUGUUUAUCAUUGUACAGGGUCAAAGAGUAUGUUUUACUAGUUUUCCUUGUAAAAACCUUUUCUUUUUCUUGUUAUAACUUAGUGUAACCAUAUUACAAUCUGCCUCUCUUUAAUCUGGUUCAGAAUCUGAAACACCCCUCUGUUUUCAAA